AUGGUUUUUACUGCUUUUGCAUCCACUGGCACAUAUCCAUUUUUGCAGUCCACUGGUAACGUUUCAGAUGAGUACACAACAGAUAUCACACCGAGCGGCUGGACUUUUGCAAUCUGGGGGAUCAUUUACGCAUUUAUGGCUGCAGUGCUGGUUUAUGUUCUCUCUACGCUUUUUAGGAAGAAUGCAUAUGGCUAUGUGUACUGUAGCCCAGCAGUUCUUCCACAUGGAUUCUUCCUCAUGUUGUGCUUAAAUCUGGGCUUUAAUGUCGGAUGGCUUUUUCUGUGGGACAGGGGCAUGUUGAUUCCUGCGCUGAUCUUCCUCAUCUUCAUUGCCAUAACUAAUUAUGCAGUCAUCGCCUUCUCCUGCAUUGGUCUGCAUGCUUACGGAGCCUGGCUGCAUAAGUACCACAGAGCUGAUUUGUAUCUCAUUCGUGUGCUGGUCCAGAACGGUAUUGCUAUAUAUGCAACAUGGACAACUAUUGCAUCUCUGGUGAACCUGAAUAUAGUGCUGGUCACUGAGGCAAACAUGUCCCAAAAUGAUGCUGCAACAACAACUCUGUCUAUUCUGCUGGUGGUAAUAGUUACAUGGUUUGUCCUAGAAAACUGGUUGUUGGAGAAGCAUGUCCGUUACAUUGUGUCUAUUUACCCCUCUGUCAUAUGGGCUCUGGUUGGGGUUUUCACAAAAAAUUUCGAUCCAGAAAUCACAUCUCGAAAUGACAUUUUCAUUGUUUCUCUUCUUUCUGUGGGCUGCUUCCUGAAUGCUGUUCGAAAAGCUCUGGUGGUCUGGAGACACCUCAAACAACCGCUUUAUAACCGCACAGAUCCAGACGACAUGUCUCCUAUGGAGAUAGCAAAGAAGCAGAAAACCCUUUUUAAAUGA